AUGAUUAAAAUUUAAGAGAAAGUGGAGAAUUCUCAGAAACCUUUCUAAAGAAAAAGAUUAAAUAUUGAUUAGCAAGUCAAAUUCAAUUUGAUUCAUAGUGUGAACAAGGAUCAUUUGACUGUUUAUUAGGCAGCUAAGCUUCACAAAUUGAAGUAUUCUACAGCUAAGCAUAUUUUUAGAAAUUAUCAAAGAGAUGUCAAUAAUUUCUUUUCGAAAUAAAGAAAAAAAAGAUAAAUAUGUAAAUGUUAAAAUAUUGUUAUUGAUGUUGUCACAGGAGAAAUUAAGUUGUUUGAAUAAAAUAAUACUUUUCUAAUUAAUAAGAAAGAGAGGAACAUAAAUGCUUUGAAUAACCAGAUAUUUAACAUUCUGUCUUAAUAAAUAUAUUCAGAAAUCAAAAAUACUAUGAGUGAACAUAAUAUUAGUAAAAAACUUAGUUUGGAUGAAUAAUUAGUUAACAUAAAAAAAGUGUUAAAUAAUCAAUAUUUGAAAAUGCUUAGAUGA